AUAACAUAACUACAAAUUCCUCAAAAAUCAUCUUUAUCAUACUACCAAGAAAAUACUUCCAAUCUUUUUUAUUCUUUCGCCAACCAUUAGAAGUGGAAAUAUGGGCAUCCGUAUGCCUCGGGCCACUCAAGCAAAACAAAUUUUGAGACGAUCAUUUUCAAAUGGAAGCAAAAAAUCAUCAUCUCUAGACAUUCCAAAAGGCUAUUUUGCCGUUUAUGUUGGGGAACAAGAAAAGAAGCGAUUUGUGGUUCCUAUAUCAUUAUUAGGCCAACCUCUGUUUCAAGAGCUACUUCAACAGGCUGAGGAAGAAUUUGGGUUUGAUCAUCCAAUGGGUGGCCUCACGAUUCCUUGUAGCGAAGACCUAUUUCAUGACGUUGCUUCUUGUUUGGGCGCAUUAUAAGCUUUACGGAGCAAAUUUUGAGAUUAUAGUUUCCUAAAAAACUAACCACUAGGACCAUUUAUAGUUGUAAAUAUAGAUAUAGAUACUUAUCCAAGAUGUAUAAAGUAUAUGAAUUCGUUAGUAAUUAUUUCGAGUUCAUGACUGUACUUUAUGUAAUUAGUUUGAAUAGAGAUUAAUGAAAAACUUCUUAGUAUUACAAA